CAUGCUGCUGAAGUUUUACAUUCUGUCACCCCAUGGUCUGCAGGGGAGAGAGCUGGACUUGUCCUCUACUAAAGCCCAUUUAUGCAGCUUUAAUUCUCCAUAGCCAGCAUCAUCACUGCUUUGGAGGAACAUGUAUUGUACAAGAAGGAAGCGACUGCAGCUGAGCCGGGUCUUGUUUCUCCUUUCCGGGGUUUUUCUCUGUACGCUCUACCAGCUGACCAUCAGUGCCAGAAUGUACGAGCCUUUGCUAAUGUCUCAGUAUGGAGAGGAUUUUGGAGAAGGUUCAACAGAGGGGGUUGAGGAGGUUACAGUAGAAACUCAGGGGCUGGAGGAACCUCUCACUGCCAUACAGGAAAUUGAGCCCACAGAUCAAACAACACCAGAGAUGCAUGUGGCACAUACCUCAGAUUCAACUUCAGAUUUUAAAGCAGUGACCCCCACUGAAUCUCCUCCAUCACCAACUAAAAACCGGACUAUUGUGCAUUGCAUCUAUGUGGCCCCCGAGCCUCCACAAGAGUCACCCACACCCACACCAGCUCCAGCUCCAGCUCUAGCUCAUCCUGUGGCCACCAUCACUCCAGCUUCUCCUGGUGACGCUCCCCAUAUAAAGGGUGAAUACCCUGAAGAUAUCUUUUCUAUUGAUGACCGUCGACGAGGCUGGGUGAUCCUCCAUAUUUUUGGGAUGAUGUACAUGUUCAUUUCACUUGCAAUUGUGUGUGAUGAGUUCUUUGUUCCUGCACUGGGGGUAAUCACAGACAAGUUAGCCAUCUCUGAAGAUGUAGCAGGAGCCACCUUCAUGGCUGCCGGAGGCUCUGCUCCUGAGCUUUUCACAUCCCUAAUAGGAGUCUUCAUUGCCCACAGCAAUGUGGGUAUCGGCACAAUUGUUGGUUCUGCAGUUUUCAACAUUUUGUUCGUGAUUGGAAUGUGUGCUGUGUUUUCACGGGAGGUGCUUCAUCUAACCUGGUGGCCACUUUUCAGAGAUGUAUCCUUCUACAUAGUUGGCCUCAUCUUACUCAUCAUCUUCUUCAUGGAUAAUGUCAUAAUGUGGUGGGAGAGCACAAUGCUGGUUGCCUGUUACACUCUCUAUGUGACUUUCAUGAAGUUCAAUGUGCAAAUAGAGCGGACAUUCAAGGCCAUACUCCUCAAAAACAAGAACAUUGUCAGAAUUAUUGCUGUGGAAGAACCGGAAAAGACAAAUAUGGACCCUGAAGAUAAUGCCCGACCUGCUCCAGAGGACAAGCAUCGGUCAAAGUUGAAGCCAUCCCUUCUGCGGGGGGGAAGCUCAGCUUCUUUACACAACAGCACCAUGCGAAACACCAUCUUCCAACUUAUGAUCCACACAUUAGACCCUCUAAGAGAGGAUGGUGGAAGUAAAACUGAGCCAGUCAAAGAGCCAAAGGCUGCCCCAGAAACAGAGAAGACGGAGCAACCACAGGACGAGAAGGAGGAUGUGCCAGCAGGAGACAAUGGUUCAGGAGACUCUGACAGUGAUGAAGAUGAUAGCGAUGAAGACAGCGCUGAGUCCAGUGAAGAGGAGGAGGAGGAGGAGGAGGAGGAAGAUGAAGAUGAGGGGGAGAAAGAAUUGGAGCAAGAGGAUGAACCUCUGUCUUUAGAGUGGCCUGACACACAACGUAAACAAGCCACCUACCUCUUCCUGCUGCCCAUAAUCUUCCCUCUGUGGCUCACAGUUCCAGAUGUUCGCAACCAGAAAUCCAGAAAAUUCUUUGCGGCCACCUUCCUGGGCUCCAUCCUGUGGAUUGCUGUUUUCUCCUACCUCAUGGUGUGGUGGGCUCAUCAGGUGGGUGAGACCAUCGGCAUCUCAGAGGAGAUUAUGGGCUUGACUAUCCUGGCUGCAGGGACGUCCAUCCCUGACCUCAUUACCAGUGUGAUAGUGGCACGUAAAGGCCUGGGGGACAUGGCUGUGUCCAGCUCUGUGGGCAGUAACAUCUUUGACAUCACAGUGGGCCUUCCAGUACCGUGGCUCCUGUACUCAUCCUUCCACAGUUUUGCUCCAGUAGCUGUCAGUAGCAACGGACUCUUCUGUGCCAUCGUGCUGCUCUUUAUCAUGCUCCUCUUGGUCAUCAUCUCCAUUGCAUCCUGUAAGUGGAAGAUGAAUAAGCUGCUGGGGUUCACCAUGUUCCUUCUCUAUUUUAUCUUUCUGGUGCUUAGCGUGAUGCUGGAGGAUCGCAUCAUUACCUGUCCUGUUUCCAUCUGAACGUAUGAGCAGAUGUCAUCUUUACAAAUGGGGUCUGUGCACGUUGGGACCCGAAGCCCGACUGUUAACCAAGUUGUAUGUAAUGUACGAGUCUCAUGACCAUGCGUCUGGAUAUCUGUAGAAACUGUGCAGUAAGCUGUAGUUGCUCUGCAUUGCUGCCAGUGACAUGUGCCCAGUAUGUCAGCAACAAUACAAAUACUAGAACAUUUUCCAGACGUUGUACAUACUCACUUUAAGUAUCAAUGGCAGUUUUUGCAUAAUUCUUUUUUAAUUCAUAAGGAGAUGCUGAUCUGCUAAAAUAGUGUGGGUAUGUGUAAAUGAAUGAACACUAACACGGAUAUUAAUAUGUUUUCACUGUUUACAAAAUAGCAUCUACAGAAUAUAAUUGGAAAUAUAGAAUACGUGCACAUUUUGGAAAAUGUAUGUUUCUAAAUGUGGAUUUUGUAUGAUAUGAAAGGAUACACUUAUGCCUAUAACUGAGUUUGCUUGAAUUCACUGUUCACUCUUUCAUGCAUAUCAGUUUAUAUAACAAAAUGGUCAGG